CAUACGAUUCAUAACGUUCGCGCAGCUUGGAAAACAAGGUGCGAUUUCGCGGAUUCGCGGUAUAUCGUCGCUUUAUGUUUUAACCAAUUUUUUUUUUCGAGUGUGUGAGUGUCUUUGGCGUGCUGUUGCCACUUUUGUGUUGUUGUUUUAGACGCCCGCCUUUACCAAAAAAAAAAAAUUUAAUACAGAUAUAUACCUAAACAUCUCAAUUAAAAAACCGAAAAAGAAAAUAUUAAAUACAAAGUGUAAUUGGCCUUAAAACUUGUAUUCUGAAAACCGGAAAAUAUUUAUCGAAAACUCAUCAAGGAAACUCGAAAGCGAACCACAACAGAAAACUAAUCGGCGGCAGUCUCGACAAGAUCACAGCACGGAGCGCAUCAUGACUUUCUACUGGUGGUCACACUGGUUCUGGAUAACUCUCAUCCUAAGCGCCCACUUCCUUGCCAGCCAUGUCCAUACAUAUCCCAGCCAAGAGACGGCCGUCACGCAGUCGGUUCGUACCACAAAGCUCUACCAGACGACUGUGAGUCAGACCUGGUCCACCGCCACCCAGAGCAACAUUAUGGACCUGACCCACCGGCCUCAGGUGGCUCGACAGGAGCUGGAAGAGCUUCAGGAGGAGGUGGAGGAGGAGCAGGAGCAGGAGCAGGAGCAGCCGCAACAGGAGGAUCAAGUGCAGAAGCAGGAGCAGGUGGAGACUGGCCAGGAUGAGGAGGAACCAGAUGCCGAGGCCGAAGCCGCCGAGGAACUGGCUCAGUUCGAGUUUAAACGCUCGGCGGACUUUACCGCCGACCAGCUAAACAAUUUUACGAAUUUUAGCAGUAGUACUAGUACAAAUGGCAGUAGUAGCAGUACCACCACAAAACCCAUUCCAAUCAGUGGAACGACCACAGAAGCUAAAGCAACAGGAUCGGGAUCAGGAUCUGGGCAAGGAGCAUCAGGAUCAGGCACGGGAGUAGCUUCAUCAGGAUCUGGUGAAGGAUCAACAACUACACCCACAACUGCUUCCACUUUGGCGACCGCGAAACAAACCGAAGUAUCUGGGGGAACACCCUCCACAGCCACGACGCCUUCGGCUCCGGCCACGCCCUCAACGCCAAAAAUCCACACCGAAUGGCUGUCAGAUGAGCUGCUGGCGGGAGUGGGCGUGUCCCCGGAGGGUGAGAAGGCGCCGUUCACCCUCGAGAACGCCAACAAGGAGGAUGAGCUGAGGCGGGCGGAGACGGAGCACCGGUCGCGGAAGUCGAAGGUCCUGUCGGCGGAGUACAAGCACAUCAAUCGCUACAUCAACUUCUCCAGCGACACCAAGAGUCUCCUGACGAGAUCCGCCUCCGCGGCGCCCAGCAUAUCAGGCAGUGGCUUCUACGACGGACCAGAAGGCGAUCAGGAGAGCAACAUCUCCUCCGAGGCACUGGCCAUUCAGAGAACCUACUUCCUGGACGCUGGUGCCAUUUCAGCGAUCUGCUUCACUGUAUUCGGAAUCUGCUGUACAGUGGGCACCAUUGGCAUCGUCCUGUACCGAAGGCGGUAUCUGAACAAGCCGCAGGCCCUCAGCGAACCGGACUCCAGUGUCUACAUCGAUGACAGCACCAUGCGGGUGAGUGACAACUCGGAUGAGAUGUAUAGCCUGGACAACGAUUCGUUCCUCAACUCCCUGGAGGCGAUGACAAUACAGAACUACUGGACGGACACUGUCAAACAUACAAAGCUUUAAUUUCCGGCCUCCCAGCUAUUAAAUUAAUCGAUACAUAAUCCAUUUCCGUAGAAUCUAUUAUCUAUUAUCUAUUUCUAUUUGAUUUCUUUUUAUGUUUAUGAUUCUGAUUUUGAUCCCUAAUCCCCAAUUGUAAUCCACACAUCAUAAUCAUUAAGUAGUUUAGCCUUAAGUGUACGUAUUGUGUAUUUACUAAUGUUAGGCAAACCAAACGAGCAACUAGUUUAAGCCCAAAAAUGGAGAUGUAACUACCAAAAUUAUGUUUAGUGAACUAUACAUAUGUACAUAUGUAUGUCCUUAGGAUCCUAAGUGUGUAAUGUUUUCAUUUGUUGUUCUUGGCUGUUAAUUAACAAAAAUAACAAAAAAACAAGGACAUCUCUCUACCCCGAAACCCAAAACAUACCUUAUCCCUCGUAUCUGUUAGUUAAUUAUGAUGAUCUUAUUUAUAUUGUUGACACACUACCUUACCCUUAUUCCCUAAUUUAUUAAGUUUAUCAAACACUUUGUGUCCAAAAAUAAUUAAAUGCAAUCAUUCCUUCCAGUUUAGCCAGUAGAGCAACUUUACAAUGUAAAACUAUUGUAUUAAAAAGCAAAGAGCGAACAUCACAAUUAAAAAACAAACGAAAGAAAAACACCA